AAAUGAUGGUUAUAAAGCAAAAUGAUGGUUUGUCCUGGUCCUUGCCGCGGCGGGGCCGGAGAGAGAUCCCCGAUCUCUCCAGAACUGACAUGUAACUUUCCAGUCACCGUGUCGCACAGAGUACAUAUUUCUUUGCUCAGAGGCUUUCUCAAGUGGGGCCGUGAGGCCAGCGGGUGAGUACUAGGUUUGACCCUUUCCUCGGGGUUGGGGACCUGGGUGCCUUGCGGCGACCCUUUAGCUCCACCACGGAAGUGCCAGACCACCAUCCCGAGAAGCGAGGCACGACCCCCGACUGAUACCCGGUACCCAUUCACUGCUGGGUGGACAGGGGCGCGGGUGUGAGGAGACCGCCCGUCUGUCUCCGCUCCGCCCGGGGAUCGAACCCGGGAUCUCUCGGUCGUGAACCGAGUGUGCUAACCACUGCACUACGGAGUACCCGAUACCUUCCACCACACCUUUCCCGCCAGACGCUGAUGAAAUGGCAGAAUCACGCAGACUCAGCUGGUCAUCACCACGGUCAAUCCUGCUGCUGGUGGUGCUAGGUGUGACCUGUAGGACCGGGAGCGGCUUGGAAGGCCGUCAGCAUUGGUGGAACGUCGCCAGGAGGGAACUAAGGGAGGCUCUGAACACUCGGGAUAACUGGAAUGUAGCCAAGAACGUGAUAUUGUUCUUGGGAGAUGGGAUGGGCAUCACAACGAACACUGCAGCAAGGAUCUUUAAGGGACAGAAGCUUGGAAUGAACGGCGAGGAAGGAUAUCUAUCUUGGGAGAGGUUUCCAAAUGCUGCUUUAAUGAAGACGUACAAUGAGGACAAGCAAGUGCCAGACAGCGCCGCCACCGCCACUGCCUUCCUCUGCGGCGUGAAGACUAACUUCUUCACCAUCGGCCUCGACUCCUCCGUGAAGCUGGACGACUGCACAGCCAGCAAGAAUAAGGCCACCCACACGCCCUCCAUCCUGCAGUGGGCGCAGGAGGCAGGGAAGCAUACAGGUAUUGUGACCACCACCCGCAUCACCCACGCCACGCCCGCCGCCACCUACGCCCACGUCGCUCAUCGCAACUGGGAGUGUGAGUCUGAAGUGAAGGGAAGCUGUACGGACAUUGCCCAUCAGCUCGUCCACGAUAACCCAGGCAGGAAUGUGAAGGUAAUCCUCGGCGGCGGGCGACAGACAAUGGGGGUGAAAUCUACUGUAGUGGAUGAUAUGACCUGUCAGCGUAACGACAGCCGUGACCUGACGAAGGAGUGGCUGCGCUCCAAGAUGGUGAAGGGUCACAAAGCACGCUACGUCACCACUGCGAGGGCUUUGGCACAAGUUGAUCCUGAGAAGACUGACUUUUUGUUGGGCCUCUUCGCGGAGUCACACUUGCCCUUCGAGGUUGACCGGCGCCCUGGGUCUAUCGGCACGCCCUCCCUCAAGGAAAUGACCGUGAAGGCUCUGCGCUUCCUUAAGAAAAGUGACGAGGGCUUCUUCCUCCUGGUGGAGGGAGGCAGGAUCGACCACGCCCUUCACGACAACCUCGCCCAUCGUGCCUUCGAGGAGGUGGUGGCCAUGGACGCCGCCGUGUCAGCAGCACUGAAGGAGGUGGACUUGGAGGAGACGCUGAUAGUGGUGACGGCUGAUCAUUCCCACGUGAUGACCAUAAAUGGUUACCCUACGCGAGGCAACGAUAUUCUAGGGUUGGUCGGCGAGAAGGGAAUGGUAGAUGACUUGCACUACACCACGCUGAUGUUCACCAAUGGUCCAGGAUACAACUACACGGUGAAGAAUGACACGGUGAUGCGCCACGACCCAUCAACAGUUGACACAACGGACGUGGAUUACCGGUACCAGGCCGCCGUGCCCAUGCCGCCCAUCAAGGAGACCCACGGAGGAGAGGACGUGGGCUUGUGGGCAAUAGGCCCGAUGUCCCACCUCUUCCACAGGACACACGAACAACACUACAUUGCCCACGCCAUGGCCUACGCAGCUUGUAUUGGUCCGAGCCUUGAUGACUGCAAGCGGCCCUCUCACAGCACUUCCUCCUCUGGCCGCUCCCUCCGCCACUACUAUGAAGAUCUGGCUAUCGGCACGCCCCGCAAGAGCCCCCAGGACACGAAAGUCACCCACACUGAGGUCUUCAAGUCCCCAGUAGAUGGUUCAGAGCAAUCAGCAAGCGCCCCGUCAGAAGUUGUAGAGAAUCCGAAGUUUCCUACUCUGUCCCCGGUCCUGCAGCAACUCCUGGACAAUAAUAAAAAGAAGAUCCUGACGGCGGAGGGACCUCAGACAGUCAACAGCUUCACCAAUGGAGCGAACGUGGAGCAGCUGUUAGGGAGGAGCGUGACCAAUGCCCGCAGCGCCUAGACCUUCCUUUGGUACCCGCACACUCGUUAAUUAAGCCCCGUAUUUUGAAACACCUCGCUCUCUCACCAAGACUAUUUUCUAAGCCCACUGAGAUGACUAGCCGGUUUGUCAAGAGUGCUUCUCCUCUUAAUAUUGUAGAAAUCUUGUUAAUCUCUCACUAAAACCGUAGAAACAACUUAAAAACCUGAAAUAGAGGCUUUGGAUGUAGGGGAGGUGCGGCACAGAAGUGUUUCAAAAUAUGGUUUAAAGUCCCUCAGUGGUUCGAGAUAUCCAUUCAUACCCUCUCUCUCUCUCUCUCUCUCUCUCUCUCUCUCUCUCUCUCUAUUCUUUUUAUUUUUCGCUGCAUCAGGAACUGGAUGUGUUGUAGCCUUGUAUUGAGUCUAGAGUGAGUGAUGUAAAAGAUGCUGGAUGUUUGUAAAGGCAUUUUUUUUUUUUUUCUUAUUUCUUACUGCUUGACUGUGUUGUUUCGUGUCCCGUGUUUCUUGUGUUGGUGUUCAAGAGUCGUGUAAUAUUGUGUACAUAGUUUGUGGUCGUGCCUUCGUCCUUGCUGUCCCGCGUCUCUUCUUGUAGGUCAGAGUAAAGUUUCUAGCAGGCAGACUUAAGGGCCAAUAAGUCUGAUGCUGUUUGUUCUUCCUUUGUGUUAUGUAAGUUUCCCAUGAAAUUGUUAUGGUUUUUCUAUGUGAGUUUUUUGUAUAUAUUCUUUUUUUUUAUUUUAUAUGUAGAUGAUUCAGUUAAUUGGAGAAUUGCAAAUGAGAACUUUUAAGAAACAUAUUCCUUGUGCGUGUUAUUGAAUCUAGAAAUCCAGAUAUUUUGAAGUUUACAUCUUUGAAUAGGGUCCAAAUCUGUGGUGCAUUUUCUGUAAAGGGACUUGAAGCAGUAACUUAAAUAAACUGUGAUUCAUCUGUCGAAAAAAAUAAAUAAAUAAAAAUAAUAAUAAUAAUAUACUGAACGUUGUGUACAGACUUCGUGACAAAUAUACUGAGAUGUUUGUAUUUGUAGUUACCAGAUUUAAUUAAAACCAGGUGCUCGUAUGGGACUCUGAUGGUGAUAGCAGUGUUACCUUUGCUUUUCCUUUCCUUUCCUUUCUUUUCCUUUUUUCUUAACAUUUUAUCUAUUACAUUUACCAUUUUUGUGCACAUCUUACGAACAAACAUCAGGAUUAUUAGUAUGCAUUCUCAAUGUUCUUUUAUUUUACAUUCUCUCUCUCUCUCUCUCUCUCUCUCUCAAGGGCUUCCCAGCAUUUAGAGUCAUGCACGAGUGUGUUUAGUGGGACUGACGUGUCUCCCUCAAGUACAACCAACAGCAGGUGAUGCAUUUUUUGGUGAACUGAAAAGAGCAACUCCAUAAAGUACAAUAAUAAAUAUUUUAAUACAAGUUCCUCUGUGAUUUCAGUUAAUGCAAGUUCCUCUGAUUUUAAUACAAAUUUAUCUGUGAUUUUAA